CGGCGUGCCUAUUGGUCAAAACUGCGGCUUCUCUGCGACUGGCCCCGCCUCCGACUCGGUCCUUGCUUCCGGCUCUGGCCACAGGGGUUACCGUUGAGAUGGAGUUUAGUGCUCAAUUUUGAGAGGGUGGUUUAGCUGGCUCCGGCCUUAGGGACCGUCAGUAACUUAUCAGUUCUUUCGUUCCUACGUUCACUGACGCACUCGUCCUCCUAUUCAAUACAUACGUUGAGAAAUUAAGAGUAACACCCAGUGUGUACCACGCAACGUUCUAAGAUCUGUACACAGGUUAUCUCACUUAACUCAUGGCAAUCCUAUGACACAGAUACUAUUAUUAUACUCGUUUGACGGAUGCUGAGACCCGGUGGUUUUCUGUAAUGUGGCCAAGUGUGGUACCAGGUCGCUAUACGGAAAAAGACUGCUCCAAUUUAGCCUGGAAUUGCCCAACUUUAGACUUUUAUCAUGGUGCUCAAUCUGUAAAAAGAAUCACCAAACUGAUAAAACAAGUACAGCGUGGAUCAAACUGGUAAAUCAGGCUGCCGAGACAACUGUGUAAUUCGAUCGAAAAAGAAACGGACAACUCUCAAGCACACAGGCUUUUUGAUGCUGCAGCUUAACAUAUGGGCAAGAUUGGUUUUCAACUAGUACACUCCCAUGCAGUCAUAAUGGUUAUUAUUUCCUAAGAGCCAGUACCCUGAGAGAGCUCCUGCCUCUUCUCUAGCCUCGCUACAACUCCCCACCUGUCAGCACCUGAAGGUUAACACCUGGGACAGCGGGGGACAUUCAGAAUCCAGCUAAUUCCAACAUCGUUGUCAUCUAUACAGACUGAUUGGUCCCCCUGCUAUACCAGUUAUUAAAUUUUUGAACAUCACCUCUUGGAAAUGGAAGACCGAGUCCCCACGUCAGACCUCUACUUCCUCUCACUUUGAUCUGGUGUUGAUCAUGUGCUUCAGCAUUCUACUGGGCAGGUCUGGCAGAAGGAAUAGCAUCAGUUGAUUGGAGAUGCAUCUUUCUUUUGGCAUUUAAACAUCUUUGAAACUGGAGUGCAUGUUACAACUGAUGAGGGUAAUGUAUAUAAAAAUAUGCAAGAAUCACAGGAAACUCACAUAUCCAACCACCUGGAAGAAAUUGUUGCUGCCGUCAGCAUAGCACCUAGAAAGAAACUGCAAAACCAGCUGCUUCAGAGAGCACUGUUCCAGCCUCCUCGAGAGAAACUCCACCUCUCUGAAGAGAAAGCAAAGUCGUAUGCCAGCAGCCAUGAGUACAAAAAGGCUCUCCAUGAGCUUGUGCACUGCAUGGCUCUGACAAGGAUCUGCUAUGGUGAUUCCCACUGGAAGCUGGCCGAGGCGCACGUUAACCUGGCUAAGGGUUAUCUUCAGCUGAAAGGAAUGUCACUACAAGCAAAACAACAUGCAGAAAAAGCCAAAGAAAUCCUCACCAGCUCCAUUGCGCCUCCAUACAAAGACAAUACAGAUGUUUUCAAGUGUUCGGUUGAGCUGUUCCAUACCUUGGGGCAAGCCUUACUCUCCCUUCAAAAGUUCAAGGAAGCUUCAAAGAAUUUGACAAAGGCAGAGAUACUCUCAAAGGAGAUGCUCCAAUGUGGAAAGAUCAUAAAAGAAGAAUGGAUGGAAAUUCAAGCACGGAUCAAAUUGUCAUUUGCGCAGGUAUAUCAAGGUCAGAAGAAAUCAAAAGAAGCUCUGCCCCACUACCAAGAGGCGUUAGAAUAUACUGAGAUCAGUAGAGGUGAAAAAAGUCUUGAGUGUGUACCAAUACUGAGGGAACUGGCAGCUGCAGAGCAGGCCCUGGGAUUUCACGAUGCAUCCAUCAACAACCUUGUACAGGCGCAUCUCAUCGUCCUGAGAGGAACCCCCUCUCGAGAGGAGGCAGCCGCGUCCGCACACGCCGUCGCCUGUGCCGCUGUUGCUUCCGGGAGGCCUGAGCACCACGAUGUGGCUGAGCAGUAUUUUCAGGAUAGCAUGGCUAAUCUCAAGGAUGCUGAAGGGAUGGAGAAAGCCAAAUUUCUUUCAAUUCAAGAUGAUUACUGCCAUUUCCUACAAGUCACUGGACAAGAUGAGAGAGCCACUUCCAUCCUUAGAGAGUCCCUGGAGGCCAAAGUGGCCGUGUUUGGUGAUUUCAGCCCUGAGGUGGCAGAGACAUAUCGGCUCCUGGGUGUGGCUGACCUGGCACAGGGGAACCAGACCGGGGCCCACAGGAAACUGAAGAAGAGAGGGAAACAGGCUGAAAGGAUGUGUCUGGGCCUGGACUGCAAAGCUGGGAGCCGUCAGAGUGGGGAUUUAGCACCAAGCAGCCCAUACUGUGACAUCUACUCUACACUACAUCACUCUCCCCUCGUGGGCUUCCAAAUAAGAAUCUGUUUGAAUAGGUGCCUCUUGUGCUUAGAGGAAGUUUGGAAACCAAUGGCAGAGUACAGAGAAUGCCAAGAUCAAGAUAAGUAGGAGCCUUUGGGUUGCCACUGACAAUAUAACACAAAUUAGCUUAGGUAUAAAGAAGCGUCUAUUGUCUUAUGGUUUCCAAGGAAGCUCUGACAGGUGUAUGAUUAGCAGCGCAAAGACCCAGCGGAGCCUCAAGAGAGAGAGUAAAGGCCAAACUCAAGUGGCACCAGGGUGCUGUCUGCUCAGGAGCCCUGCCUGCCUCUCUGCGCCUUCUUCUCCUCCUCGCUCGUGGCAGCGUCUCCCGGGCCAGCAGGGGAUGGCGGCCAGCCCUCCAGAUCUUUACUUCCCGCUCCCACUGCCAUUUCUCAGUCAGAGCUUGGAAGUUCUCAGGCAAAGACUGAGAGGCCAGGCUUGGAUCCGGUGCCCACGCUUGACCAAUCACCCGAGGCCAGGGGUGUGGUACAGGGUAAGACAAUGGUGCCUUUCAGGCCGCUGGGUGGCCCACAGUGGAGGGGGCGCAAAAAUCACUGUCCUUUGAUCAGACAACCUGGAACAGGGUCACUAGAGCCCCUCCCUAUUUGGGGGCAUGUGCAGUAAUAGGCUUGCCACAGCCCCUACCCUUAAGAGAGUCUAGGCGAAUCCCCUAACUCUGACACUAUGUGCUCAGUUCUGUGCUACAGGUUCACACUACGAUCAGCGGGAGGAAGGGGAUUAGAGAAGGUAGCCAGAUAAGUAGUCCUAAAAAAGAGCAUUGCCGAGCAGAGAAGGGAAUUCCCACGCCAGAAACAAGGUGGAAGGGGAGACUCAGGAAUAUGAUAGAGGCUCCUGUUUAAGAAGCUGUUUCUGUGUGGCCCCUAAGUUAAAAAUGGUUUUUACAGAUGAUUAUAAAAUCUGUAAUCAUUUCACAGGUGAUCAUAAAUUGAUUUGAUGGUGGAGAACACUGACUUUAAACCCAAGCUAAGUGAAAUUUUGUGCUGUUGGUUCAGUCGUGUCCGACUCUUUAAGACCCCCCGUCCAUGGGAUUCUCCAGGCAAAGAUAUUGGAGUGGGUUGCCAUUUCCUCCUCCAAGUGAAAUUUUAUCCCCCUGCAAAAAAAAAAAAAGAAACCCAUUAUUUUCACUAGUAGAACUAGAUUACCAAAAAUAAUGUACUUAUUAUUAUUAUACCUUAAAUUUUGCCUACAAAUGUUUGUUCCCUCUCUUACUAGGUAAGUACCAACAUAGUAGCUCGAUUUCUAUCUCUUGGCCUACAAAACCUACAAUAUUUACCACCUGUCCUUUGCAUAAAAAAAUUUCUGAACCCGGCUGUAACAUCUGGGAGCCACUGAUGGAAUUUUAAGCAGGGCUCAGUCACUCUAUAUUUGUUUUUUGGGCUUUUUUUUUUUUUAAUCACUGUGAGGACAGUGUUGGAAAUGGAAUGGGGUGGCCCAAGAAUUGAGGCAAGAGGCCUCUGUCAUCUCACCUGUAAAGUGGAGAUAACAGCAACACGGAACCCAACUUCCCUCCCACGGUUGUUCUGACGCAGGGAUGAGACGAGGCCAGCGGGGCUACUCUGGUCAGGGCUAGGCCUGGGUGCAGAGCGCAGGAUGCCCAAGCGCCCAGGUGGAGCUAUUCCAGCUGAGGCAUCACCCCCCGCCCCACAGGAGCCUCCUCUCUGCUCCCCCUUCCUCAUUUCUCCCCUGAGCAGUGAAGAUGAGAGGGAACACCUCUGCCGAGGGUUCAGCUCAGUCAACUCCAGGCAGGGGAGGGGACCCAGGAGUGCUGGAAGGCAGCAAAUGUCAGUGGACGAGCAGGCAUUUGAAUUGAGGCCACACAAGCCUUCAUGUCACCCUGCUGACUCCGGAAGGGCUGCUUUGGUUCCACUACUGACCACGCACUGGGGCCCAGGCUUGCUGCCGCUGGGGCAGCUAAUACAUCACUUCCAAACCUCACAGCAGCCCCCCAGGUCAGACCUUGGUAGCUGUGAUGUACAGGCAAGGGGCCUGAGGCUCUUAGAAGUUGUAAAUUAUCUAUGGACAAGUUACCAUUAAGUAAAGCCCACAUUUUCCUCAAUGCCACUGGUUUGCCAAGCAUUGGUUUCAAACCCCUGUAUCAGGGGGUUUGAAGCAGAAUCUGGGGCAAAGCAUGAGGGGCCCAGGGACCUGCAAUUUAGCUUAAGUUGAGAAUCACUGCUCCAUGCUCAGGCUCACCCAUGGGGCUGGAAAUCAGCUCAGCGUCAGGAAACUUCAGGCUUCAUCACUCCCAGAGUCUGCAGUGGAAGUUGCUGACGUGUUUUCCUUUAGUUUGACCUCAUUAACCAUCAGUUCUGAAUACAAUGACUUUGACAUUUUAAAGCUAUCUGCCACUUGCCAGAGUCAGAGAGAAAGGGCAGAAACGUAUGCUGCACGUUUUGCCGGUUGUGGUACACACAGGUCUCAUUUCCACUCCCACCCACCUGAGGACAGGACUGGUCACUCCACAAACACCAGGGCACACACAGGCUUUGCUGAGCUGGGCUUUCUCAGAUGACAUAUUUAGCGUGGGGCUCUCUAGAGCCAGCAGCAGCUCUCUAAA